UCUAAUUGCGAGUCGCCGUCGCCGGAUUGGAUUUGAAUUCGUGUUUCCUGAUAUCGCGGCAAUCAAAAGCUUGAAUAAUAAUAAUCGAAUUACACAUUAGUUAACCCAUAAAUCUGAUCGGUAGUGCCGGGUCCCAGGGCUUUUAAUCCCAUCGCAGUUACGUGACUAGUGUUGCAAUGCUGUGCUAAGAGACUAGACGCCACCGCAGAGACAUUGAAGCGGGUUCAAGAAUUUGGCCAUAACCAUCAUCGGACACCCAAAAGUCGCAUACUAAAGCCGAAACAUGGUAGAGAAGGCCUCGAAUGCGUUCACGCUGGAAAAGCUGCGCAAUCUGCAAUGGCAAAAGGUGUUUCAUAUGUUCUACAUAGAACCGGUUGUCUUUAUGCUGCUCUUUUCGCACACGCUGUCGGGCACCAUCCAGCGCAACCAGGUCAUCUACCAGACGUGCACGGUCAUCUUUCACUACAAUGUCUCCGAUUGCAAGCAGCUGGACGUGAAGAACGCCAGUGCCGAGAUUAAUGCCAUCGAGACUGAGCUGCAGCCGUAUGUGGCCAACCUGUUCCUCACCCGCACCCUCUUGGAGAGCAUAGUUCCGGCCUUCUGUGGCCUUUUCAUCGGCUCCUGGUCGGAUCACUACGGGCGCAAGCCUCUCCUGAUUGUGUCCAUGAUAGGAUUCUCGGCCUCCUUCCUAAUGAUGGCUGCCAUUUGCGAGCUGUCCAGCUAUUACAUGAUCAAUCCCUGGUGGUAUAUCCUGGCGGCCGUGCCGCAUUCCGUGCUGGGCGGUAACUGCGUCUUCUCGGUGGCCGCCUUUUGCUUUAUCUCGGACAUCACGGACUGCAAGUCGCGGCCAUAUCGCAUGAUCUUCAUGGAGUCGCUCUUCUUCAUCGGUUUGACCAGCGGCUCCUUGCUAUCUAGCUUCGUGUACGCGGCAGUGGGAUCAGCGGCGACCAUCGGCCUCUCCGGCUGCAUCGUUACCUUUGCCACGUUCUUCGUUAUUUUCUUUGUGCCAGAGAGCCUGCACUAUAGGCACGCUCAGGACGCUAAGAACGCCAUUGCGGCUGGUGGAGAAAAGGAUUGCAAGGAGAAGGACGUACCGAUAACCGCCUGUGAUCUCCAAGUGGACCGCCUGGGCAUCGACUGUCCACCCAAUUUUAUGGAUGAAGAAGCGCAGGAGAAGAAGGGUAGCCAGUUGGAGAAAGGACGCCCGGUCCCCUGCGAGUUGCCCACCCCGGCCACUCCAGCCAUGAGCUUCGACGAGGACCUGCUAGCCAAGUACGUAGAAAAGUUGCCCCAGAAGGCAGAGGAGCGCAAGCGACAGCAGACGGAGGAGAGCGUGAAGAAGGCGGGCCUGUUCAGCGUGGUCCACAUCAGAGACAUGGUUAGCACCUGCUUCAAGCGACGCGAGCAUCACGCGCGCGCCAUCAUCUGGCUCGUCACCCUGGCCAUGUUCCUGUCCAUCUUUGUCUUUGAUGGCGUGAUGACGGUAAUGUAUCUGUUCGUGCGCGAGAAGUUCCACUGGACGGUGAGGGACUACACGUUCUUUGAGACGGUUAGCCAUCUAGUGCCCAUGAUUGGGGCUCUCAUUGGAUUCCUGAUUCUGCGAAAGGUCUUCCGCCUGUCAGUGGUGACCUUGGCCCUGCUUGCCUUCUUCUCUGAGAUAUUGAACAAUAUGGCCAAGGGCUUUGCCACAAUGCCCUGGCACAUGUACCUCUCGGUGACCCUGGGCGUAUUCCGAUCCAUUUCCGGGCCCAUGUGCCGCACCAUCGUUUCCAAUAUUGUGCCGCCAUCGGAUCUGGGCAAGAUUUUCUCCAUCAAGAAUGUGCUGCAGUCGUUCGCACCCUUCGUCGCCGCCCCCCUGUACACACUGAUCUACAAGCGAUCGCUCACCACGUACCCGGGUCUGUUCAACUUCGUCAGCUCGUUCCUGUACCUGCUCGCGUUCGUGUUCAUCGGGUGCGUCUUGCGAAUCAAAUACAAGCACAAACAGCACUACGCCAAGGUUCUGAAGUGAGACGGCGACGGCGGCACCGGCAGGGUCUGUGGCCAAAUUAACAUGUGAUCAUCCCAAACCAAGCAAUAAACAUUUACAAGUGAAGCGAAUUUAAAGAUGCCAAUCCGGAAAACGAGCUUUUAAUGUGCUCGCGUUUAGCAUUGGUCAUCAGUUGAACGAAUGGAUCGUCUUUGCCUUGUUUAUUUAUGUUAGUCUAUAGUGUAUCGAAUGUGUUUUAAGUUAUUGUAAGGAAAAUCCUAUUUAGUGUAGUGCCGCUUGGAGAAGAAAAUAAUAAAAAAUAAUAC